AUGGACCAAUUGGUGGCACUCGACAUUGACGAGCAGCUCAGGCUCAUGGCCCUCAAGGAAAUGUGCAUCGUGGAGAUCAAGGACAAUAUAUCCAACUUGACCCUCAAGUUGGACAGCCACGAGAAGGAGCUCCACAAGUUACGAGAAGUGAUCCAGAAGUCGUUGUACCGCGAGUUGAAGGGCAACACGUCUGGCGUCAAGACCAGGCACCAGAGACAGAACAGCAACCCUCGAGACGAGGCGAUAGCCAGCACCCGAAAUAAGUCUCGCAGAAGAACUCUAUCGUCAUCAUUGCAUUACCAACAGGCCAAGGACGUGAGUGCAGCAGCCACUACUCCCAGCACUACCAGCCAGGGAGGUGCUGACAAGCGCAAUUCCAAGCUCUGGACCAACCUUGCCAAACCACUCAACAUGCUUCAACAAUUCGAUUCCAUGCUCCAGAGCGAGUUCGAAAAGUCGCUCGUCAGUACUCCACACCUACAAAGCCAACAUCCGCAACACCUCAGCGUGGAUCAGUCUUCCGGAAGCACUCACUACAGAUCCCGCAAUUCCGAGGACUCGAUUUCGAGCUACGGGUCUGUUCCAUCCCCAUUGAAGUCGAAAUCAAAGCCAGUCUCAUCCAUCGAUUUAGACAAGGACUUUCCAGAGCCAGCCUCGUCUUCAGAAACACUCACUGCAACGAGCUUGAAACCACCCCAGCGAAAUACAGAAGACAUGCUCCAGACAGUAUCGUCCUCCAUCUGGUCUUUUGUGAAUGAUGUGAAGACCAACGUACUUUCUUCGUUGAGUGAGGAAGACUCCAAGGGAGCAGCAGUCUCGCGGUCGAGCUCUGGGGCCCAAUUAAACCAUAGUCCAAUGUAUAACCUCGACACAGGCUCCACUAUACAUCUCAACGAGGAAGAUGAUUCCAAUGGUAAUACCUUGGUUUUUCAAGACGAUAAGGCCAUAAUCAACAACAGCGACUACGAAGAUUUGUUGGACACCAAAGACGACGAGCUUGACGAUAAGAUCGAUUUGUCGAUGUACUCAAGCAUCCGAAAGAACUCAUAA